CUCUACGUUCGUUGAUGCACAAUAAAGAUGUCAGCCUCCAUGCGAAAGUAAAUUCUACCUAACAUUCAAGUUACCUCGAUUCCUGUAAUAAAGAUAGAUCUAGUGAACUGAUAUCAUUUUCACAAUGUUGGCAGCUGCUGUUAGGAACACCAGUAGGUCACAUUCAUGGAGGUGUAUGAGGUGCUUAUCAUCAGGUUCAACAUCACCACAAAUACAAGGUUUUUCAUCUGACACCAUAUUAACACCUACUCGCACCCAGUCAUCACAAUCCCAACAACAAAGAGAAGACUUUAGAACCAGUGAAAGUGAUCCACUCAACCACACAUCCAGACAUAUCGGCCAGUAUUACACCAUCCCUCUGAAAGAUGUUCCCAAGGUAUUCCCCAUUGGAUACUCAGCCAGAUGGCAUAAACUGCUUAGACCAUUUCAAGAGGCUGCGAUCAUGGUUCGUAAACCAGCUGUUGAAAUCAUGGACUUAAUGCGGCAGGCCGACUACACCAAUCCUCCGAUCAAGUAUCUGAUGUAUGGUAGGAAAGGGAGCGGCAAGACAACCUGUCUCAAUCAUGUGCUACACUUCUGUCACAAUCAAAACUGCCUCAUAGUUCACAUACCCUGUGCAAACUCCUGGAACGUGAACAACAAGUGGGAUUUCUUGGAUUCUGUUUCUCAUGAAGGGAUGUACGACCAGCCAGCUUUGUCUUCGGAAUGGCUCAAGCACUUCAGGUCCAGGAAUGAACACUUUCUCAAACAGAUCCUGACAAGUAAAUGCUACGAGUGGAGUAAAAGAGAACAAACGGAGGCAGGACAGCCUCUCCUUUCAGUAAUUGAUCAGGGUUUGAAUCGACCUAAGAAUGCAACAGAUGUGAUUGGUGUUGUGUUGAAAGAACUUCAGGAGCAGAGUUCCUCAGGACAGUAUCGUCUGAUCCUAGCGGUCAAGGCUGUUAAUGGUCUCUUUGCUGAGAUGACCAAUAUUAGGAAACCUGGAGGAUAUAUAAUUCCUGUGAAUGAGUUAAGGAUGGCAUAUCACUUCAAGAAGAUGCUGAAAGGACACUGGACCAAUGGUGCUAUCAUCAUGACAGUUGACCAACAUAACUGCCAUCAAGCUCCUAAGUAUGACUUCAAACCCCUUCAUUUGCUACAAAAACAGGGUUUUGAAUGGCUAGAUCCCUUUGUACCUAUUUACGUUGAGAACUACAGUGAUAAGGAGUUUGAGAGUUGUAUGCAGUAUUACAUUAGCAAAAGAUGGGUCCAAACAGAACAAGCCAAGACAGAGGAAGGCAAACUCCAUCUGAAGCUGUUAUCUGAAAGCAGCCCUGGCUCAUUAGAAAGAAUGUGUGCUUCUAUAUGAACAUUAAAAACUAACUUGAAAAUUCGACAAACUCGACCUGAGCACAGAUUAGACAUGGAAGACAAUGGAUGGCUAUGGUGUAAGCCAAAGAUCUUCAAGAGCCUUGCAAAGUUUCACUUCAGAUCCCGAGUACAGAAACAAUACUUGGCUAUCUUCAAACUCUUUCACUAUUGGGUUUUGCUGCUGUUGAUGUAUUGGUGUUUUUCAACCAUACAUUAACCAGUUGGAGUCUGAAUGAUUCCUCUAUAACACACGUUUUCCAUAGAUUCCAGCAAGCAUAUAUGUGAGCUUAGUCUCCAAUGGCUUAAAUUGGUGUCUUGAUUAUGCCUAUUUUCGGUUGGUCAAUGCUCUUGCAUUCUGACAUAGCAACACAUAUGAAUCUUUGUACAAACACUUUGAAUUAAUGUUUUUUUUUUAAAUAGUAUGCCCUUCUUUUGAAAUUCCCCCCCAUGGCCAACUUUAGCUAAGUGGUAUUAGCACUAUAGGUCUGUGAUAAAUACUUUUUUAACGUGGAGGAAGAUCAUGAUCAAUUCUGGUUUGAGAAAGAAAAUUAUAUCUGGAAAUAUUUCAUGGAAAGAACAGAAAGAAGAUGCUCAAAAUUUAGACGGAUCAUGCAUGAUAUCUACGAGAAUUACACUGGUAACUAUUUGUUGCAUUGCCAUUGUUUGUGAGCAACUAUGAUCACGAUUGGCCAUUUCCCUUUAGUGAUUGAUUGCAGUAUUUGGGUGACGGAGACCCGAUCAUGCAAGGCACAUUUUAUUACAUUUAUUUGCCAUCAAUCAUAUUUCCUUCAAAUCUGAUUUCUGUAGACUUAGGGAUUUUGACCAAGUUUGAAUUCCCUUUAUUAUGUUUUAUUGAAUUCGUUUUGUAAUAGUUUGGACACCUUUUUCUAUAUUGAGCUUAAUUGAUUCAUUCUAAUUGAUGUCUUAUAUGAUGGUAUUUAUGAUUUUUGAAUUACUCUUCUAAAAUCUGGUUACUCUGAUCAUAAACAAAGGGUUUUACGAUUGAUAUUUAAUGUUUUACUCAUUCCUGCUUGGGAAUAUCAUCCGUGUCAUAUGAUGAAACAAUUAAAUUUGGAAAAAAAAAUGAUCUGGCCUUAAUAUCUUUGCAUUACAUGUUUUGCCUGUAUAUUGUUGAAAAUCCCCCCCCUGAAGAAAUUCUUUUUUGUCCAGUAAAUUGAACAUGCAUACAAGCCAGGAAGUCGCAUCAUAAGGCUAUUCUUACUUUGCUUAGGUCUGGCGAGGUUUUCUUGUGAUAAAUGAUAUACCAAAUUUCUCCCUGCUUAAAACAUAUUGUCAGUGAAUUUCCUGUAUGUAUAUACAAAGUAUAUUUUGACAAAUAGUAAACUUUGGGGGAAGUUUUAUAAAAUAUGUCCCACCCCCUACAUUUGGGGCCUUCCAUAGUGUUUUGAUUUCCAAUCCAUUUGGAAAGCUGUAAUUUGAGUGCCAAGAAACCGAAUAUUAAUUGUAAACAUGCCAUAAAUUACAGGACUUUAUUUUUUUUAAUGUACAUAUGACAAGUCCUCCAGCACACAUUCUUGAAAUAUAAAUGCCUUCAAGACAGAUUUUCAUAUAUUUCUUGAAACACAAAUUUGACAAUUUUUCAAGCAUUUGCUAUUCAAGAAUUUGACUUUUUGAGGUUGAUAUAAAAUGGAGAGAACACAAAGAGUGAAAUAAAAAAAUGUAUUUCUUACUAGAGUUACAUUUUAUACGCAAAACAAAAUAAAAAUUCAAAUGAAAACGAUUUUUCUUUGUAAAAGACAGGAAUUUAUUAAAUAACAUUGGGACAAAUUACAUAUGCAAUAAAAUAUGACCCAGUGAUGUAACUUUACAGAAGAAUAUGCAUGCUAUGACACUAAUGACAACAAAAUAUCAAUACUCAAUAUUUGCGUUUACUACAAUAAUUUGCUGUAAACAGACUUUAAUAACAAGUGAAAUAAAAAUAAAAGGAACAUGGAAUAUCAAUGUACCCAAUUUUCAUUGCUUUAUGCUUCUGAAUUUCCACAUAUAUAAAUGGUACAGGUUUCAAAUUUAAGAAGUAUAUCCUACAUUUUAUAUAACUGCAAAGGCUGGUAAGUUAUAUGCAACUGAGCAUUUUAACUUCCUAAUAAAGGCUACAUUUAUUCACUUUUCACUUAAAGCUAAGAAUAAAAACUAUACAUGAAAUUGGAAUUAAAAAAAAUUCAGAAACGGUCUUGGAUGAUAUGCCGUUAUAUAUUGUCAAUUCAUAAAUGCAUGAAAAACAAUGCCAUAGGGAAAAACCUAAUUUUACAUAAAUAAAAUACAAGUGAGAACUGAUUCAACAAAAAAAUAUUUCAGUCCACACAUUCUAGCCUCAAAGAGUUUUUUUUUUAGUAUAUCACAACGAACUGAAAUAGCUCAUUUCAUUUUGGAUCCGGCAGGAAAACGCUACACUGUUUAUGAUUCCAAAUGAAAUUUAGUACAGAAGAGUGAUGUCACAGCCAUUCAUCACCAUGACGACUGGCUCUAAACAAUUCUCAAGAAGGCAAAUUGUCUAUAAUUUUAAUGGCUAACAACAGAAGUCAAAAGCCCACAUCCACUAAUCAUCAUCACUUCUGUCAUAUAUGCUUUAAAGUGCUAUUACAACUAUAAGCUCAGAUUAUAAUGCUACUGGGUCGGCAGUAAUCUAUAUAAGCAAAUGGACUCUUCUGGAAUUUUGCGGUGGUUUGCCAAGUCGUACCCGAACAAGACUUAACUAAGGCACAAUAAACGAUAAAAAGGUCCCAAUUUAAAUUUCAAGCUGCGAUACAUGGAGAACAGGUGGGGGUUUCAAAAAGCUGUUUGUAAGAUACAAAUGAUUUUAUGCACAACUGGUGAUCAUUUCUUAUGCUAUGUGAUAUUCUAUAUAAUUAAUUUAUGACUAAGAACAUGUUCCAGUCAUGCGUAAAGUUGUGCGUAACUCGCGAACAGCUUUAUGAAACACCCACCAGGCGUACUUUCACUUUGACACAUUUAACAUGUAUAAAUGUAUAAAAAAUAACAAAAAUGCACAAUUAUCAAUUUGAGGUUUGCUUUGUACAUAUUUUGGUUUGUAAUCAGCUAUGGAUAUAAUCUACAAGUCUAAAUGUUUAAAUAAUCAAAUACAUGUAAAUAAAAAUGAAGAAGGAACAAUUUCCAGUGUUUUAGCAUUAUUUUAGCACAGAACAUGAGAAUGGGGAGCCAAAAGCUGGAAAAUUCUCUAAAUGAUCACAGAAUUUUUUUUUGUAACUUCCAGUGCAAAUAAAAAAGCUCUGACUUGACAAUUUCAACUAUGGAAACAUACAUAUACUACAUUCAUAUAUUAUAAAUUCCCUAUUAUACAUUUAUAUUGCAUUAAAACUGCAACAAAACAUAAGAACUACAUCUUUAUACUUAAAAUUUUAUUUUCAAAUGUUCAUUACCGACAUAGAAUGUUCCUAUUUUACAUUACCAUGUAUUCUUGGGUCACUAGUAGCAAAAAAAAAAGCAAAAGCAUAAAUCUAGGUUGAAGUUUAUUGUCUUGAAGAUAUGUUUUAAAGCAUGCCCAUGAAUACAAUGACUGUUAAAAUUGUUUUAAAGUGUUCGCUCUCUGUGAAUGACACUGCUUUAAUUUCUACACCUCAUCAAUGUAUAAACCACUAAGGAAUUACAUGAAUCAUUUAUGCAUGAAUACAUUACAUAAACCGUCUGUAAUAGGUGACACACUGAAGAUAUAUACAUGUAUAUGUUCAUGCAUUAUUCAUUCAAUCUGUUACACAAGUAGCCAACUCCGAGUUGCAUGGAUUUAAAUCAAAUUCCUGUGUUAAACGAUAAUUAAAAUGAACACUUUUUCUACAUGUUGGCCCACAAACUCAUGAAGGGAUGAACAUACUGUCCUAUCUGCUGAAUAUAACGUUGGCCAAAUUAUGAAUGGAAUGAUAUAAUGCUCUACCAACUAUUCUAUGGGCAUUAAAAAAAUUCAAUGUGAUAUAUGACAAGCCUUAACUAAGUUGACAAACUAAGAAUUCAAGUUAUAACAUGCAUUGAAAGACUAUGCUCUGCAAGGAAAUAAUAUCAAAAAGAUCAAGGAAUAUCAUUUCUCAAAUUGUGUACUUCAUUGACUUAAAAUAUGUUGCACACUUCCAAUUAAUCUCCAUAUUUAACCCCAAAUCAUGAUCCAUUUUCUCAAAUUUUUCAUUGAUUACACAAUCUGUAACUAUAAUAAUAAACAAUAAAAGUUAUCAUCAAAAUUAAUAAUGAAAAAGUAAUAAAAUAAACAAAACCAUAUUGGUUAAACAAUGAAUAAAUAAAGUCACAAAACCGUCGGUUUUUAAAGGAUGUUUAGUAACUUGUCUACCUGCAAAAAGUUGAUUAUCAAGUAUAUACAGAGCAUUAGAUGUAUUUUGAUCUAAUAUUAUGUAUCAAAUUGCACACACAUUACAAAGAGGCUUCACCAAAUUUCUAACCACGUUACAAUCAGAUUUGAAAAAUCAUUUAUAUUUACAAUCUCGUGAUUGGCCAGUCUGAACAUCAAACAAGAGAGAUGUGUACAGAUUCAUGUAUAGAAUCAUAACCUAGAUGCAAUAAAUCCAUUCAUAUGUACAUCAUGUGCAGGCAAAAAUGCAAUAAGUGCAGAAUAUGAAAGGAAGGAAUAGAAUAAUUAAGACAUGUUAAAAAGAAGAGUAGUGGGAAAAAGAGAAGGAAUUAGAGAAUAUAAGAGCAAUAUGAAUACUGGAAAAUUGAGUAGAAAGGAGAGAGUAAAGAGAAAAAGGAAUGGAAACAUGAGAAAAAUGAAUAUGACAUAAG